AUGAUAAGCAAAUUUUAUGCCAAAAUUGGUUUAAAUUCCGAAUUAUCAAAUGUAAUUAUGUUCGGUGCGGCAUUUAUGCUAGUAUUUACCGGUUUUGAUACCCAAGCUUUUAUUACCGAAACAGUUUUGCAAUCGGUGUCGAAUCAAUAUCCCGGUCGAAUAUCGCCAUAUUCUGGAUACUAUGGGAUGUGUAUUACCUAUUUUACUUUUACAUUAUCAACGUUUAUUGCACCAACUGUGGUAAAUUAUUUGACAGCUAAAUGGACAAUGUUCUUAGCAAGCGUUUUAUAUUCAACAUUUAUGCUUACUUUUAUGCUUGUUAACAGUUAUGUUUUCUAUACUGCAUCUAUUUUAAUGGGCUUUGCAGCAGCUCUUAUUUGGACCGGUCAUGGUGUUUACAUGAAAGAAAUAACAACAGCGGGUAAUGAAUCAAGAAAUAGCGGUCUUCAUUGGGGUAUCAAUUUUGUCAGCCUUAUCAUUGGUGGUGUACUUUUAUUUGUGAUAUUUAAUAAGACUGGUGAAUCAGAAACGAUAUCAAUGGAAUUAAUUAGAUAUAUUUUUGGUGGAUUAUCAACGUUUACAAUUUUAUCGAAUAUUCUAUUCGCUAUUUUACCUAAUCGUUCCAAUCAAUCAAUAAUGAAACGUGAUAGUUUUUUAACAACAAUAGUUAAAAGUGUAGAAUUAUUUACCGAUACGAAGGUAUAUCUGUUAGCUGUAUGUUUUAUGUUCAUGGGUUUAUCAUUAUCACUGUACAUAACCAUUUAUCCCUCAUGUUUAUCAUUUUCAAAAUCAAUCAUCGGUUUGGGCAAUGAAAUUAUUGUUUAUUAUGCAUUCAUUACUUCGGGAUCACAAAUUUUUGGUGGAUGCUUUAUCAGUUUGUUAAGUAAACGUAUCAAUAAUUUUGGUUAUAUGCCAACAAUGUUAAUAGCACUACCAUUAUAUCUACUAGCUUUUUUGGGUAUUUGUUUAGCUUUUCCGAAAUAUGCAAAUUUAAGGCCAACAAAUGAAGCAACCUAUUUAACACCAAGCCUAUUCAUAUGGCUUAUUAUUGGAAUGUUAUUAUGUAUGGGUGAUAGUUGUUGGAAUACGUUACGAACAGCUGUUCUCACAAAAAUGUACCAUCGUGAUAGUUCGUCACAAAUUUUUGCAUUAAGUAAAUUUUUUCAGUCAGCGACAACAUGCGCAUCAUUUUUCUAUUCAUCAAUAUUGGAUUUGCAUACUCAAAUGAUAAUUUUGGCUGGUAGCUUAAUUGCUGCAUCGAUAUGUUUUGCAAUUGCAUGGAAGAUACAUUUACGAGAAAUUGAAAACGACAAGCAUACCAUUCCUAUUUCAGUUAUACGCAUAAAUAAUAAUAUAUAA